UAGGAAAAUUGACAAGUCAGUUCAAGGUUAUAAAAGGUGUCAGGGAACAUUCUUAUAACGCAUCACGUUGACGUAUCAGAAAGUUUUCCAAUGGAUUUCACAAUUUUAACGUCCAUUUUAUCUGGUGGUUUGGGUGUUUUUGCAGGUUGGUUUAUUUUUCGGAGAUUUGGAAGAACGGCUAGUGUCAGAUCACAGAUGACUAAUUUCAAGCAUGUUCCUGGUAAGAUGAAAAUGGUUUUAAUAGUUCGUUCUGAUCUCAAAAUGGGGUGCGGAAAAAUUGCAGCUCAGUGUUCACAUGCCGCACUUGCCUGUUAUGAAGCGAUUAUUAGUCAGAAUCCUGGCAUUCUAGAAACAUGGGAAAGUCAGGGACAGCCAAAAAUUGUUCUCAGGGUGGACGGUUAUGACGAUAUGCUUAAAUUAUCCGACAAAGCUGAAUCAUUAGGUCUUGUAAAUUCAAUUAUACACGACGCUGGACAUACUCAGGUUGCAGCAGGUACCGCAACAGUCCUUGGUAUAGGACCAGGUUUAGCUUCUGAAAUUGAUCGUGUUUCCGGUGAUCUAAAGUUGCUUCCUUGAGAAAAUUCACACACAUGCAUUUUAUGUACAGUACUGAAUUGUAUUGUUGUAUCAUUACUAGAUCGCUAAAAUAAAUAUUUUUGAUAUUUUUCACGUUUUUAAUCUGAUUAGUGAUUUCCAGAAACAGAUUAUCUACUGACUUUAUUGGUUUAUUCAGAAAAUAUGUAAUGAUGAGCACAUGGUGUUUCCGAAUAGCAAAUACAAUUAUAGUGAUUAAGAACUUCACAAUAACAACAACUUUUGUAGUGUCUUAAUGUGGCACAUAUGAUCAAUCCGUCUUUCAACUAGUUGAGAAGUUUUAAAUAAACUGGAUUUUUUCACGUGGUCAUAUUACUGUCAGUUGUUGUGGUUAUGGUAUGUUACACAUAUUCCACAUCAGCUUAUUGCGACUUGAGGUGUUCAUUGAAUUCCGAGUAUUGUUAAAAUUAUACUGAAAAAAGCUGUUUCACAAAACAUCCACCAGCAGGCACUUAGAGCCAUUCCUACUGCUAGACAGUGAAUUUACUAGUGACUAGUUUAUUUAAAAUCAUUUUGAUGGUUAUUUUUGGGAAUGCUAUGAAUACGGAGUAUUUUUAGACUAUUAUUGCUAAUGCUGACGCUGGUUAAUAAAUUG